UGUAUGAAAUUCGGUUAAAUGUUUCUUUCCAUGGUGAAUUGAAAUCCCAAUUGCAUGAUAUAUCUUACAAAUCAGGGCAUAUCAAGUGGUAUUUGAUGAGGGGUAUUUUACUUUAUUUUAUUUUGUUAUUAUUUUUAGGAAUUGAAGUCUUUGGGGUCGUCAAUGUAUCUCUUAUGAUUUUGAAAUUUUAGGUCAUACAAAUUCACAUUUCUAAUUUUGAUAUUCCCUCUUUUUAUUUUAUUUAUUUUUUCAACUUCCGCAUUUAGCUGUCAAGUUUGUAAAAAAUCAUGGAGUUGAUUUGCUUGGUUUAACAUGCUUCUGGGAACCUGGUUUUAAAGCUUGCACCCAUAAUGAACUUCUUGUUAUUGUGUACAGCAUGUCGAAAUAAGAAUAAAUUUCUGGUAGCUCUCAGUUACAAAUAUUGGGUGUACAAUGACAGAGACACACGUCUCCUUUGGUCUAUGGUGGAUUUCAGUGGUUACUCAAAUGGAGCGUCUAGCAUCUCUGAAUUCACCCCAAGAUGUCCCAGCCUGACAAUUGUACGUCGCAGCAAUAUGCGUGGCUUUUGCAAGCCAGUUUCUGGAGUCCUUGAAGGUCCCAAGUUUUCAUCAAAAUCUGUUAGUCCAGAAGCUGAGAACUUCCUCCUUGAUGCUGUUAACAUGAGUUUCUUUGAGCGAUUAAAUUUAGCUUGGAAGAUAGUUUUCCCAUCAGCAGUAUCUAGAAAAAGUUCGAAUGCUAGAAUUGCCAAGCAACGCUUGAAGAUGAUCUUGUUCUCUGAUCGAUGUGAAGUAAGUGAUGAGGCAAAGCGAAAAAUUGUUAACAACAUUGUGCGUGCUCUAUCAGAUUUUGUGGAAAUAGAGUCACAGGACAAAGUUCAGCUGAGUGUCUCUUCUGAUAUAGAUAUUGGAACUAUUUACUCUGUCACUGUUCCUGUGCGGCGUGUUAAGCCAGAAUAUCAAGAUAUGGAUGAAGUUGGGACAAUAACAAAUAUUGAGUUUAAGGAGACCGGAGACAGUUCUGGUUCUUCUGUCGAUGUUAGAUUUGAUUUCUUUGUUCCGGAUGAAAGGUCUUGAGGGUUGAUUUCUUUGUCAAGAGCUUAUGACUUUGAAUCCUCUAGCAGCGAAACCACUUCGAAGUUCUGUAUAUAUUUAUUUGAUUGUUGACAAUUGCUGUAGGGUGUCUAAAGCGUUUGUUGAGAAAUUUUGUGCCUCCUCUGUUACUGUUAGUUUAGCUUGAUUAUUUUGUUUGAGUUAAUGUUAUGUUUUCUGUACUUAACAUGGAUAAUAGGGUUUUCUUACUUGAGUGUAUGAAUCAUAAUCUUUUCAUUAACAUGCUUGUUCUUA